AUGGACGAAAGCGUCGCGCGGCGGUUUCGGUGCGGGCAUGACGGCGUCCGGCAACCCGGUGUGGCGCAACCCGUGCGGCGCGCACGUGCUGCCGCUGCUGCCGCACGCGCUGGCUCUGGCGCGCGCGCUGCACGAGCUGCACGCGCCUCACGCCGCCGCGCUGCGCCACGCCGCACACGCGCGCGCGUGCAGCCGCCGCCCGCCGAGCGCCGCAAUCUGCUAGGCCUGCGCGAUGACGCGCCGCACGCGCCCGCCGUCGAGCCGCACGACCGCAUGCAGAACUACCUGCACACGCUGCACGACAACGUGUGCCACCUGGUGGGCGCGGCGGCGGCGUCGCUGGGGCGCGAGCUGUACGGCGCGGCGGGGCUGGCGCGCUGCGUGACGGAGGCGCUGCUGGCCGCGCCCGAGCACCUGCCCGACCACUGGCUGCGCCGCGUGCUGCGCGCCGCGCUGCGCCCGCUGCUGCACCACUGCCCGCCCGCGCACCACGCCGACGUCGCGCUGCCGCUGCUCGACCGCCUCGCGCCCUUCAUGCUGGUACACCUGUCACAACGAUGGGACUAUGUGACAUCAUUGUACGAGUCUGGUAAAUUAGAGGAAGAGGGCGGCAGCGAGUCGCAGGAGGUACUCGAAGACAUGCUCGUACGACACCUCACAAGAGAACAUCUCGAAUUACUGAAGAUCUCGUUGGUGGACACUGGGGGCGGUGCCGGGGGCGGGGGCGGGUGCGGCGAGCCGGGCGACAUGGAGGAGGAGAGUGCGGCGCCGCAGCGCGCCCGACCACGUGUCGGAGCUGGGCGCGCUGGUGCUGGCGCAGCCGCUCGCCGGGCCCGCAGUGCUGCACACGGUCGCUAA